AGGGAGAGAUUUUUAUUUAUCUACGGUCUCAUCACCCCAAAACACCAAAAACUCCAUCCAACCAUCAAUCCAUCAUCAUCAUCAUCAUUUCAUCAAACCCAUAACUAAAAGGCCUUUUUUUCCCAAACCAAAAACACACACACACACACACACACAAAGUCACCCUACUGUACUGUAUGUUAAUUUGCAAAGCUCCCCCCCACCUCCUGCCUCCUUUUUUUCCUCUUCCCAUGGAUGAUAAAGAUGCAUCUUUUCUCUUCAAAACCCUAACCCUUUUUUCUAAUCAUCAAAUCUUAGUCUUAACCCAAUAAACCUCUAGAAAAAAGUUAGUGAGAGAUAGAGAAAGAAAAAAAUAAGGAAAAGCCAGAAUAGUAAUACUACUGUAAUACUUCCAUUUUUUCUUUCCUCUUCAGCAACUGCUAUACUCUUUUUUUUUUUUUCCUUUACAUGUUUCAGAAAUGGAAUUAACCACCAACGCCACCACCACUACCACCACCGUUACGGCGUCUGUUAAAACCCCGGAAGCUGAGAGCGAAAACCCUUCUUCCCGGAUCCAGCCAGCUAAGCUUCCGAGCUUUUCCAACGGAGUUCUGAAGCGCCUCCAGCCCAUCCACCACCACUACAACCAUGGAGGAGGAGGAUUCAACAGCCACCACCACGGCGGCCACCUCCCGGUGGUUGUUACUUACAAGGAAUGCUUGAAGAACCACGCCGCCAGCUUAGGCGGCCACGCGGUGGACGGAUGCGGCGAGUUUAUGCCUUCUCCGACCGCAACCCCCGCCGACCCGACUUCUCUUAAAUGUGCUGCUUGUGGGUGUCACCGGAAUUUCCAUCGCCGGGAGCCGGAUGAGCUGAUUCAGCCACCGAACACGACGGCAGCUCUUGAGUACCAGCCUCACCACCGCCACCAUCCUCCUCCUCCGGCGGCAGCUACUCCAGCUCACCGUAACAGCGGCGGACACAGCAGCCCAAGCUCGCCGUCUCCUCCGCCGAUCUCGUCUUCGUAUUACCCCUCUGCUCCCCACAUGCUGCUGGCACUCAGUGCCGGAUUAUCAGGUCCGCCGGCGGAGACCAACAUACCAAUAACCCCCACCUCUACCACCGGAGCUGGUGUCUUGGCGAAUUCAAAUGGGCGGAAGAGAUUCAGGACGAAAUUCACCCAAGAUCAGAAGGAGAGAAUGCACGAGUUCGCGGAAAGAGUUGGGUGGAAGAUACAGAAGAGAGACGAGGAGCUGAUCGGUGAAUUCUGCAACGAAAUUGGGGUCGAUAAAGGGGUUCUCAAAGUCUGGAUGCAUAACAACAAGAAUAACUUCGGCAAUAAAAGGGAUCAAUCUCAUCACAAUAGCAGCGCCCCCGGCACCGCUGCAACCGCCCUCUCCCCUGCCUCCGCCGCCACCGCCACCGCCACGACUCCGGACAACUGUAACGGUAACGGUAACGGUAACGGGCUGGAGUUCACCAUCCACUACCACCACAAUAAUAGUAGUAACAAUAAUCAUGAUAUCAACAACAUUGACAGCAAAAACGGCAUCCACCCGCACGAAUUGAGUCAUCAAAUUCAACAUCGUGACGGGGUUGCUGUUACCACUAACGGGUCGUCCUCUUCUUCUUGAUCUGUUCUUGCUCCUGGUGAUUUAGACUUUGAGGAAUGGAUGAAUAAGAAAUUUUUAGUUUUAGCUGAUGAGAUUAGAUGAGAGAGAACUGGUACUAUUUAGUUAAUUACUGCUUAAUUAGUUUUUUUUUGUUUUAAUUUCUUUUCUCUUCCCCAAUCUCAAAUUAUGUUCUUUGUUAAUUAGGUAAUGCAUGAUUAGUGAUCCAAGAAUGAUAAGGGAUAUUUGUUCAAUGCCGAAUUAUCAUUUUAUCCCUUCUCAUUUUUAUGAUUCUUUCUUCAUUUCCCACUAGUGAUUAUUUGGUUCCAAAUGCAAUUUGGCCUGCAUAGAUGUCAUUAGUUCAUGGGUUUUGUUCAAAAUUUUAUUGCUUUAUGGCGCUUGGAUUAUCUGUUCUUGGGUAAAUCUGUGGUGGAGCUGUGUUUCUGCACUAGUGUUUAUGGUACUAGUACUAAUCUGAGGUGAGCAGGAUAAAGUACACCACCAGCCACCCUUAAAAUUCCAUUUUAUCUCAGAAUUUGUUGUUCGAAAUUAUUGUCUCGAUUAAUCCAGAUGGAACCAAAUUCAUUUCUUUUUAUGUUAAAAACUAUAUGCAAUUUGCUUGUAGUAAUGACAUUUGAUUCCCCCCUAUAUCUGCUGCAAAAGUAUGGAGCAGUCCGGUUUUGAGUAGCAGAAAGUGGCUUAUUAAGCAAAAACUAGGCAACUUUUUUUUUAUGGUUCCUCUGUAAUUUACUCAUAAUAUUCUGUCAAACUUUAUUCUUGUUUGAUCUAUCUGUUCAACCAAAUGGUAGCUGGAUCAAAUUGAUUAUGAAUCAAUUUAGUUCUUGUUUGGUUGUUGCAAAUUCGGAUGAUGAUAUGUAUUCUUCCGCUAGCUUUUUGAUCUUUUCUUCUUUAAUAAAGAAAACAACCAAGAAGAAUAAUCUUAUCUUUACAUCCGUAUCUCAGAACAAGUAUUUUUUCUGGUGG